AUGUCUCAGAAAAUCUGGCAGCGCAAGUUCGAAGCCGGGCUCGGUCUGGAAAAGGCCCUCGCCGCGACCCGGAACCCCGGAUCUCCGGUCGCCAUCGACGGCCCGCCAAGUGAGGUUGAUACUCUUCUCAAAGCUGAAGUCGGUGGCGAUGGCUUCACACUGACAUCAUUCUCAGCCCAAGAUGCCUUGGAGUUGGGCCAUCUGCUUCACGCCCGCCUCCUUCCAUUCACUCCUUCUCGUCCCGCCCUCAUCUCCAUUAGUCUCGCCAACGGCAGUGUCGUGUAUCAGAGUGCCACGGGAUCGGGCAUCACGCCGGACAACUCCGUUUGGGUAGCUCGUAAGCGGGCUACAGUGCUGCGCUUCGGCGUGAGCAGCUGGUUGAUGGGUCGUAAGUUUGACGGCGAUGAGGCCGCCUUUGCUACCAAGUUUGGACUGGGGCCUGAGAAGGCUGGCGAGUAUGCUAUUCAUGGUGGUGGUGUGCCGAUUAAGGUGCGUGGUGUUGAGGGCGUGGUUGCGGUUGUGGUUGUGAGUGGGUUGAAGCAGCAUGAGGAUCAUGGAGUUAUCGCCGAGGUUAUCAGGGAGAAUUGGGCCUCUAUUGAGGGAUAA